GUGCUGCUAGAUGAAAAUGAAACCAUUUUAAUUGUAGUGUAGUUACAAUUAAAGUUUAUAUUAUUAAUGUGGGUGUUUAUUUUAUGUCUACAGAGUGACAGACAGGGGUGGGCUCGGUUUAAAAGGACCGUGUGAAUCUACAGUGAGGGAGUCUGACUGAAUAUGUCAGUAAACGUCUCAGACACGCACGUGGGGCUGAUGCCAGGCACAGUUUGAGCCAGACUCAGUCGCGAGCUGGUGCGCGUGGUUACAGGAAGAAGUGUUAAAACGGAUGUAUGACAAUGACCCGUGUUGAGAGCGCGACCAGCCGCGGUUUGUUUAAUCUCUUCGUCGUUUAACGUGACAUUUUAGCGACACAUGAGACCCAGUUUUGCCCUAUCUCCGGCUCUGUUUGGAUUACUCGGUCCGCUGCUGGACUGUUGAAGUGACUUUAUCUGCGGCGAGUGGAUAACUACUGUCUGAGAAAACAUGGGGACCCAAGGUACAGGACGGAAAAGAUCCACCAAGAAGGAGAGGUCGACGGCGGAGGACGAUGCCCUAAAUCUUAUAGCGAGAGAGGCCGAAGCCAGGCUGGCAGCAAAGAGGGCAGCCAGGGCAGAAGCCAGAGAGAUCCGCAUGAAGGAGCUGGAGCGACAACAGAAAGAGAUCUUUCAGGUGCAGAAGAAGUAUUAUGGCUUGAACACCAAAUACGAUGACCGUGCGGACAACAAAUGGGAAAAUAUAGAACAAUGGAUGGAGGACAGUGAGAGAUACUCACGUUCUUCACAGAUACACAUGCUCUCAGACGACGAUGAGCGGAUGUCAGUGGGAAGCCGGGGCAGUGUCAGGUCGGAUCUUGACGCAGUCGGGGCGUAUGGUGGAGGGAGCUCUUAUGCUUCCUCUGACCUGUACAGUCUCAACGGUCUGUCCUCCUCCAGAAACCCCGGUUCAGCUUUCAAUGGUUACCAGUUCCACAGGUCACUCAGUCAGAUCAGCCAGCAGCUCUAUCGUAGGAGCUCCUUGUAUGACGACUCUGCAAGUCUCUGCAGUGGAACACGGCGAGUCUCAGGCUCCAGCUGCCAUCCUUUAGAGUACACUAGUUAUCGCGGCUCCAGCUCCAGAGCCUCCAGCAGGGCCAGUUCAGCCCGCGCCAGCCCAGUGGACAACUGUGGCUCUGUUGCCAGUUUUUUGAGGAGUGCGGCCAGUAGCAGUGGCCUCCCCCGGGACCUGGACGACGUUACUAUUCCUGACUUUUCAGAUGUGAGUCGGUUUGCACCAGCAGGAGGCCGAGGCUGUGAAGUGGAGGACAGAGAUUAUCUAGAGAAGGGAUCUCGAGCGGCUUCUGCUUUAACUGCAGCAACCCUCACAUCUUUAGGUGGGACGUCCUCCAGGAGAGGAAGUGGAGACACAGCAAUAACUGCAGACACUGAGACGUCCAUACGAGAAAUCAAGGAGAUUCAUGAACUGAAGGAUCAGAUUCAAGAUGUGGAAUCCAAGUACACGCAGAACCUAAAAGAAGUCAAGGAUGCUUUAGUAGAAGUGGAGGAGAAGUAUCGUAAAGCCAUGGUGUCCAACGCCCAGCUGGACAAUGAGAAGAACAACCUGAUGUACCAGGUGGACACACUGAAGGACUCGCUCAUGGAGCUGGAGGAGCUGCUGUCAGAGUCACGCCGAGAAUACGAGGAGAAAGUCAAGGAAUUUGAGCGAGAGAAACAUGCCCACAGUGUCCUUCAGUUCCAGUUCAAUGAAAUGAAAGAGAUGCUGAAACAAAGUGAAGAGCUGCUAAAUGACAUCCGUCAGCUGCGUAUGAAACAGGACGGUUUUGUUAGAGAAAUAUCUGACCUGCAGGAGACGGUGGAGUGGAAGGAUAAAAAAAUUGGGGCCUUAGAGCGACAGAAAGAAUACACGGAUGCAAUCCGAACUGAGCGAGACGAGCUCAGAGAGGAGGUGGUGAAGCUCAAAGACAUUCUGAAGAAACAUGGAAUAGUUUUGGGACCGGAUCUAAACGUCAAUGGGGACAUUGGUGAAGCAGAAGUUGACGGGUCACCCAGCGGAGACGCUGCCCGCCAGCCAGCUCAAGAUCCUCAGACCCCCCCGACAGAGGGGAACAGCAUGCUCGGCAACACAGAGGAGACUCAGUUGAGACGUAGCGAAGAGGAAGAGGUGGAUCCAGAGCAGCAUCAAGAAAUGCUGAACGAGGAAGCCAAAGAGAAUCAGUUGAGCUCUGACACGCUCUGUAAUGCUGCUGAUGUGUCCACACUGGAAACAUCUAGUGAAGAACAUGCAGAAGAACAACAGACAUGCUUACGCACAGCAGAAGACAGCGUUGGAGAAAUUGGCCUCAGCGAGGACCGAAAUGUUGACAGUAAUGACCAUCCAAUAACAGAAGCCAAAGACAUCAUCGUUUGCAGCCCUGAACCUCAAGAAGUUGUAACAAGUGCUGAGGACAAUGUUCAAGAAACAGAAAUUCCUGCAGGUGGAGAUUCAGGAGAAUCGACUAACCCAGAUUUAGAGGAGACAGAAAUUAAAAGCAGUGAUGAUUUUAGAGAGACGUGUAACAAGGUUUGUGAAGAACAAGAAAACAAACAGGAAGAUGCUGAGGAAGGUAAUUUGAGGAAUACAGAAUCAUGUCCUCGCCAAGAAGUCAUCAAGGAUGUUGUGAAAGAAAAUUUAGCUCACAAGACCAUCUCAGCCGUGUCAAACACCGAACCUCAACCAGAGCUGGAGAACCCCGAAGAGGUGGAGAACGACGAGGCAGAGGAGACCUCCAGUAAAUCUCAGAGCACUACUGCUUCAGGGAAGAAGAAGAAAAAGAAGAGGAGAGGGAAAAAGAAAGGAGGGAACCAACAAAAAGAAGGCACAGAGAAAGAAAACAUCAAAACAAAACAAGAUGUAGAAACAGCUACAAGAGAUAAUGGGUCAUCAACAGAACCUAACAUUGAUGAUUCUGUCUCUGAAACCCCAAAGAAAUCCAAGGUGGAUCAAGUUAAAAAAGAGCAGGACAGAAAGGAACCUGAGGAAGUAGAUGCAGCAAAAGCAGUGGAACACACUGAAACCUUUUCUCACAAAGACGCUCUCAAAGAACCCAGAAUGGAGCAUGUUACAAAAGAGCAUGACGAGGAACAAACUCUGGAAACUGAGACAGUAGAAGAAAUAAAAGAAGUGGCACCCACUGAAACCCUUUCUCACACCGAAACUCUCGAGGAAAUAAAAGUGGAUCAUGUUACAAAUGAACAGAACAAGGAACAAAGUUCGAAAAGUGAAAUAGUAGAAACAGUAGAGGCAGUGGCAGCUGCUGAAACCUUUUCUCACUUUGAAACUCUCACAGAUUUAAGAACAGAACCAACAAAAGAUGAUCAGGAUGAAGAACAAACCUUGGAAACAGAAGAAGUAGAAAAAGUGGACUGUAUAACAAAUCCUCCAGAGGCCGAUGUCAGUACCUCAGAUCUUAUUGACACCUCCAACGGUACAGAGAGCACUGAUGGCCUUCUCAAAGAGUGUACCUACAGUGAAGACGAUGCUGUGAACGCAGACAUCGCAACUGAGGGUGAAGUCAUGCAAAGUGAGUCAGAAGUUGUUGAUCACGUAGAGGAGGAAGUUGGAUCUGUUGAUGAGAUGAAACCUGAAUGCACAGCUGAUAACCCAGAAAACAGCCUUGAACCAAACAGUAAGGAAAACACUGAUGUUCCAAAUAAUGGUGACGUCGCUGCUGAUGAAUCUGUAUCCACAAACAGUUCUGAGAGAGAGGACUUCACUUCAGUGUCAUUUGCUGGCGACUUAACCGACCAUCUCAAAAACCCGUCAGAGUCAGAGCCGCCAUCAGAACCAUCUGCAGCCAGGAGCCUGCUCAGUGAUGCUGUUCCUGAGGAGGAAGGUCCUGAGGAGGAAGCUGAGAAAGUUAAAGAUGAGGAGGAGCCAGGAGAAGAGACUGAACAAGAAUGCUUUUUUCCCAGUGUCAUUUCUCCUGCUUGUGAUGGUGGUGAUUCAGAGCUAAAACAAGAUGGAGCACAAAAGGAGGAGCCAAAACAAGACUUGAAGGAACCUGAAGAUUUAGUUGAGCCAGAACCUGAAGUCAAACCAGACAGCUCCUCACAUGAUGAAAAAAGUGACAGUUGGACCGGUGCAUCAUUGAUGAAAAACACUGAUGCAUUAGAUGCUGAAGAGAGUCUGUUGGAGACUGAAACCCAGGUUCAACCUUUAGAUGAUGUAGAAAGCCAAACAUUGGAGUGUGUGGAACAGACGGAUGACUCAAAUGCUAAAGUAUCUUUGGAAAGAGAAGAGAUCAAUACCACUGAUGUGUUACAUACACCAGACUCUCCAGAAGACGCUGUGGAGACUGGUUCCUCUGUUGAGCAGGACCUCAGCACUGAAGACACAACUGUAGAAGAUCCUGAAAAUAAACUCAGUCAAAACGAUCAGGAAAGUGAGACUCUUUCUCCUUUGGCUGAGCGCGAGGAUUCAUCUCAACCCACCCAGCAGGAGAGCGACGAAGAGGACGGUGAAGAUGAGGAAGGGCAGUCUUUUGAUUUUGAUGACCUGGAUAUUGAAGCAGCCGUAGCAACAAAUCCCUCAAAAAAUCAAGAACAAGAAGAAGCUGAGGAGGGAGUUGAAGUCGAUGCUGAUGAUAGCAACGAUGUUAGUUUAGAGCUGUGCCAAAGUAAUACCGAGACAGAUGAAAAUACACAGAACAAGACAAUUGAAAGCGAAGACGGUAACCAGGUAGAUACACUAGAUAAAGAGUCGGACGCUGUGCCUCAAGACAACCAGAACUCUUUGGCUCAUGAGGAAGCCGCAGAAGAUGGGACAAGGCAGAUUACAGAGGAAGGAAAGGUUGUUGGAGAGUCAGGUGUUGUUGAAGAGAAUAUUAACCAGGAAACGUCUUUACCAGUAGAGGAAGGAUUAGAUGCUGUUAAGCACGAGUUGCAGGGUGAUGACUUGGUUUUACCAAAGAGUGCAGACCAAGAGGCUGGCAACAAAGAGCCACCGCAGUCAGGGAAAGAUUUGAAGAAGAACGGCAAGAAAGGCAAAGGCAAGGCCAAAGAGGACUGUAAGAUGUCUUAGUCUGUGGUUGGUUUCGAUUUAUUUGAUGUUCCUUUACUCGUCUUUGCUUAGCUGCGGUAGAAUAAAUAUCUGCAAAAUCUCACAGCACUUUGAUUAUGUCCCAAAUAAACAUUGGUGUAAGUAUGUCUAUUAUUUUAAAAAAUGCAAAUUAACAGUCCAAAGUCCAAACAUCAGUUUUCAUUGAGGUCAUAUGUGCAAAAAGAGAGAGAUAAGGAUGUAAACUGCGAGGUAACAGUAGAUUUUACUAGUGUACAGUACUGCACCUUACUUCAAGUAACAUUUAUUUAGUUAUUGAUGCACACUUGUCAUGCUGCUUGUAAUGUUUUGUGGAUAAUAUUGCUCUGCAGUGGCUCUGCAACAGUAUCACACACCAUCUGUUCUGCUCUAUGCAAUUCUCAUUCCCUCGAGGAACUCGUUUCACAGGUGAACAAUAAAAAAACACACACAUAAUAAUCGUUAAUUCUCAUUAAGACUCUAGCAAACUGGUUUUUGCAUGUUCCAGCCACAGUGUUUAACGUUGAAAUGAAAGAUGCAUCUGUUCACAGGAGUUAAUAAGACUGUGGUUUGACUGCAUCUCUAAGGACUGUGUAAAAUAAAUGUAUGAUAAAUACAUGUUUGCAUUUUGUUGCACUUAAUGGAAACGAUGAGUUUGGUGCCUGAACGAUGAAAUGCCAAUAAAUACCCUGUUGUUA